AUGGCGUGGAAGGCCAAUCGUCCGGCGCCCAGCUCGGCCAAACCUUUGCUCAAAGGCGUGCUGACGACCUUCAUCCUGACACUGCUGUUGACGAGCACCUACAUGUACCGCGAUACGAUCAGCACCAAAGCCUCCCAAGUCAAGUUCACCGAUGGCGCCGCGACCGACUACUUCAAGUACCCCUUCAACGCUAGCGACGCCGAUGCGAACCCGAUCGGCUGGCUGAUCCACGACGCGCGGGCGAAGCACGCGACGAUACUCCAGAAACGGAGCCGUACUCUGCACAAUGCCGCCCAGCGCUACCGUGAGCGACGGGGCAGACACCCGCCCCCGGGGUUCCAGGAAUGGUUCCAUCAUGCUAUGGAGACCGAUGCAAUAGUCGUUGAAGAGUUCUUCGACCGGAUCUAUGACGACCUCGGGCCGUUCUGGGCGCUCGACGCCAAGACAACUUCGAAGCGAGCCAACGCAGGGGAGCACGUCGUAAGAGUGCGCAACGGCACGGCGACGGGCGAUGGGAACAUGGAGGAUAGGGAACCGUGGCUGGGGCUUUGGACAGCUCUGGUGUCUGAGUUUGCGAAACAUCUGCCUGACGUGGACAUGCCCAUCAACUACAUGCACGAGCCACGGAUCCUGGUUCCGUCGCAGGACAUGGAGAAAUACGUUGCGAAGGAGGGGAAGACGAGAAACAUGCCGCCCAAGAACAAGGUCGCGUCUCAGCUCCAGAGCUUGACGAGCGUUGAUGCUGCCCGAGGAACUCUCUACUCCAAGGGGUGGACAAGCGGCGACCGUCGCAAGUACUGGGACCUUGUUCGGGAGGCCUGUCCUUCAGAUUCCCCAGCGAGGAACGUACCUGCGGCGACAGACCUUUCCCUGCCACCAACAUUGCCAUACUCAUGGAAAGCACCGUUUGCUCGUCGAGGCUACGUGCAGAACUUCACCAUGUCCAUGGACCCGUGUGUGCAGCCUCACCUACGUUCGCUUCAUGGCACCUUCGUCGAGCCUCUGAACGUCAAUACGACAAAAGAUCUUAUCCCCCUUUUCGGGGGCUCCAAGCUCCUCGUCAACUCGGACAUCCUCAUCCCUGGCGCCAUGUACCUCUCUGAUGACCCAAGCUACACCGGCGGCAACAUCCGCGGCCCCGCAUGGCCCGAGAAACUCAAUCGCCUCGUCUGGCGGGGCAUCGGAUCCGGAGGCCUCGCCCAGUCAGACAACUGGACGCAUUUCCACCGCCAGCGGCUGGUAGAGAUGCUCAAUGGCACCACCGUGCACGGCAUGGAGGUCAAUGACGUCCGCGCGAUGACCUUCGAUAUGCCCCCUCUGGAACGCUACAACACUCUACGCCGUCGCCAGAAGCGGCUCGGGAAGUUCCUCUCUCGGUUCACGGAUGUGGGCUUCACGCACCUGCUGUGCGGACCCGAACACGACCGGCGUAAGGAAUGUGACUGGCUCGCGCCGCACUUAUCGGUGGUCAACGCCACGCCUAUGGCGGAGCAGUUCUCGAACAAGUUCCUCCCGGACGCGGACGGCUACAGCUUCAGCGGGCGGUUCAGGGCGUUCCUGCUGUCGACGAGCGUGCCGCUCAAGGCGACGGUGUACGCCGAGUGGCACGAUGACCGCCUCACGCCGUGGUUGCACUUCGUGCCGCUGGACAACACCUUCCAGGACCUCUACGGUGUGCUGGACUUCUUCACCGACGGCGAUGAUGAGCCACAGGGUUCGUGGGGCGUCCACAGUGUGCUGAGGAAGAAGAGCAAAGGCGACGACGCUGCGAGGUGGAUUGCAGAGCAGGGCAGGGAGUGGGCGGAGAAGGUGCUGCGCCGCGAGGAUAUGCGGCUGUACGUCUGGAGGUUGUUGCUGGAGUUUGCGAGGCUUUGCGACGAGCGUCGGGAUACGCUUGGCUACGUGGAUGACCUUCCUUGA